UGCGGGGAAGUGGAGCUGGCCAUGGCCUCGGCUAGCGACGGCAGCGGCGGUGGCGGCGGCGGGGCGGCCGCUGCGGAGCCGGAGCGCCCCCACCAGCGGCCCUUCCUCAUUGGGGUGAGCGGCGGCACGGCCAGCGGAAAGUCCACAGUAUGUGAGAAGAUUAUGGAACUACUGGGCCAGCAUGAAGUGGACCACCGGCAGCGGAAGCUGGUCAUCCUGAGCCAGGACAGGUUCUAUAAGGUCCUGACCGCCGAGCAGAAGGCUAAAGCACUGAAGGGCCAGUACAACUUUGACCACCCAGAUGCUUUUGAUAAUGAUUUGAUGCACAUGACCCUGAAACACAUUGUGGAGGGCAAAACCGUUGAGGUCCCGACCUAUGAUUUUGUGACCCAUUCAAGGUUACUGGAGACAACUGUGGUUUACCCUGCGGAUGUGGUUCUGUUUGAGGGCAUUUUGGUAUUCUAUAGUCAAGAGAUCCGGGACAUGUUUCAUCUUCGACUCUUUGUUGACACCGACUCAGAUGUGAGGCUCUCUCGUCGAGUUCUCCGAGAUAUGAACCGUGGGAGGGACUUGGAACAGAUCCUAACACAGUACACCACCUUUGUCAAACCUGCGUUUGAGGAAUUCUGCCUGCCGACUAAGAAAUACGCUGAUGUGAUUAUUCCUCGAGGGGUUGACAACAUGGUUGCCAUCAACCUGAUCGUACAGCAUAUUCAGGACAUUCUGAAUGGUGACAUCUGCAAGUGGCAACGGGGAGUUCCAAAUGGGCGGAGCUACAAGAGGACAUUUCCGGAGCCUGGAGACCCUGCCGUUGUUCUGACUUCUGGUAAACGGUCCCACCUGGAGUCUAGCAGCAGACCUCACUGAGGAGCUAGAGCCUGUUAAUUGGCCUAUAGGGCAGAUCUUCCUUGAUGAUAUCUGUAUAAUGAAUAGGUCUGGAGUUACCUUUUUUUUUCUUUUAAAAAAAACAACCAAAAACCUCAUGCCCUAAGCCCUUUAGAAAUACUCUUUCUUUUAGCAUUUGUUACAAAAUGAUUCUAAGAUGAAAUUAUUUAACCAUUUACGAAUAGAAAAAUGUCAAUUUUAUUCAAUCCUAAAUGUGGGAAAUACUAAAAGGACCUUCUUGAUGUUUUUAAUCUUCCAUGUAUUUAGGAGGUUUCUGAAAUCUCUUUGGGCCACCUGAAAAACGCCCAACACCUGCAUGAGUGAACCUACUAUGCUUGCUCCCAGAAGUAAUGCUAGUAACCCAGUAUAAAAAUAAAUUGGGGGGUCUGGGUCCUGGUAUUGUGGCUGGUAUGACCUUAACAUAAACCAUUUCUCUUCUUUCCUAUUGGGUUAUACACAGGGCUAUAAACAGAGGUAGGAAUGCUGAUAAGCACUUUAGAAAAACUAUUAUUAGAUAAAAAAGGAAAGCAUCUCCUGCUUUUUAAUGUGCUUAUAGAGGACCUAAAGGAUUACAUUUGCUUGACAAGUUACUGCAGAAUCAAGAUUUGCCAUUAUAGAAGUCAAAUAGUUCUGAUGUUUUGUGUGGUUUUGACUUGAAUGGAGCUAUACAAUGCCCAAGCAACCAGCUCCACCUGAGGCUGUUGACUCUGUUCAUAUAUACCUGGAAAUUGCCAAGUUAAGGCUUACCUGGCCUGGGAUCCAGGACAUAUGCAGCCUACCGCCAAACAGUUCAAAUUAUUACUCAUUGCCAUGUUGGGUGCAUGCUUUCCUUAGAGCUAAAUUAUGCAGUGGAAUGUAGGGGUUCAAAAUGAAUGUUGUUGCACAGAGCAGCCCUUCAGUUGCUGUAUCACUUAUAUAUGGCCUAGCACUGAACUGCAUAUGAGAAAAUGUUUUGGUCUAUAUGGUUCUAUGUAAUCUUUCCUCCUAACUAGUGUCGAUUCUCUCUAUAUAAUAUAUAUGUACAUUAUAUAUAUAUAAUAAAUAUCUAUACAUAUAGAAAAGCUGUUUUAUAAUCAAUCUCAUGUAUAGCCACUUAUGCUUUUCUUCUAUCAGGCAUAAAUCAUUAUAGUUAUGAGAUACACAAGGCAGGGAACUUUGUUUCAGGUCCUUUGGUUUUCUAAACUGUAAUUAUAUAAAAUCUUUGUCAUGCUUAAUGUAUUCUUUUGGGACUAAUAAAUACCAAAUAGUAGUGUUCA